AUGUCUGAAGAAGUUUACCUCAGCAGUGAAGCUCAGCACCUGCCCACGAAGAGGAGAAGAGUGACUCCAGAGUAUCAGCGAACACUUCGCCUGGACACUGAGACAACGCAGAAAGAGGUCUAUGUUGUUGGCACCUGUCUGAAAGCAAGCCUGAACAGGUAAAAUGAGGAUGGGGGACAAAAACUCAGGCAAAAAUACAUUGAUGGAUGUUAUUUAUUUAUGUUAUGUUGUUUUCCUUGUUGCAUGGCUUCAUAUGCAGCUUCAACAGCAGAACCGCAGACUACAUUUAACGUAAAGUCGGCUUAAUCUAAUUAAACAGGCUUUAAUGUUAUGAUAAGCUUGAAUGCAAAACCAGCAUGUGAUAUUUGCCUAUGGUUAUAUCAUUUUAAAUAAAACUCACAGAAUGGUAAGUAUUGUAGGACUUGUAGACAACAGCACUUUUGCAUAUGUGCACAAAAAAUAAUGAUAAAUGAUUUUCAGAGUGUGUAGAAGUGUGUGCAUGUGUCUGUUUGUGUGUGUGUGAAAGGCUGUGUGUCCCCAAAGUUGUGUUUAUAGUUGUUUCUUUUUAUAUGCAUUUCUGUCCGGCACACAUUUCUUUUUAUUCAAUGGUUUUCAUUUCCCGGGGCAGCUGGGUGUGUCAGCGUAAAGUGUUUUUUGUUGUUGUUUUAUAGCUCAGGUGUGUCCUCAUAAAUUAAUCUUUGAUGGACCUGAGGUAAGAUCUGUUUACCCUCUUCAUAUUUGUCUAUUCUGUAAAAUUGAGACUUUCUUUAGAACCGUCCUCGAACAUGAAACACCCAGAUCAAUUUAUACACUUCUUCAGAACACUGACUUAUUAAAGCUUCUUAUUAAACAGACUGAUCAGUGUAAUUCAUAACUUUUACUGCCUGUACCUGCUGUGAUAAGGCAGAUAUCAGACCAGAUGAUAUAAAUUUUACUUUUACUGUUACUUAAGACUGUUAAGCACUUGCAGGAGAAGUCUGAGUAAAGUCCUUAAAUGCACAAAUACUUCUGUUGUUGUAGCUGCAACAGCAAGGACUGCACCGUGAACAGGAAACGCUUGACAAUUUUUAUUGAUUUCAAUUGUUUAUUGACCCUGAAUUUAACAUUCUGCUUCCUGCUGCUGCUGGUUUGGAAAAGCUUAUUUGGGGAUCUGCUGUAGCCUGCAGGCAGGACGAACGUCUCUCUCUGGGCCUGAUUGACUGAAAGAAAAGGGAGGUGGGCUCGGGGGGGGGGUUAGUUAGUUCCUCUACACCGUUUAUAUCUUUAGUUUUUAAAGAAGAACUCUCCAGUUCAAGUUAUUCAAGGCUUUAAAACAUUUAUAGAUAAAAGUAAAGAGGUAUCAGUCGGUAGGCAAGUGCCAUAAGUGGGUGAGUCCAGGCCCCCGGCCUGAUACACCCACACUGUGUGACAUCCAUAUUCCACAUGAUGUCCUCCUGAAAGUCCUCUCAGAUAGUACGUCUACGACCCACAGGAGGAGCAGCGGUUAUUGCUGCUCUUUGAAAGUAUCGUCACAAAGUCAACAGUUUCUCCUUUUAUUAAUGAGUUCAAAGGUCACAGUAAAGUUGGGGUUCAUUCUCACUCAAGUCCAUUAAACUCCUUAAUAACUUUUUCUUUCUUUCGCUCAAACUUUAAGAAAAAACAACAAAAACAACUAGAAACAAAAACACUGAACAAAAUAAUACAUAUGUACAACAAACAACUGUACAUGUCAAAGAUAAAUUAAACUAACAUGUUUGUCAAAAAUAAACAGUUUGAGAAGGAACAGAAUGAAGCAGAGAGUUUAUCUAGUCCUGCCCCCUCCCUGCAAAUUAGAGAUUAAAAAAAUCUAAUUAUAUAAAUGACAAAGAUCUGAAUAAAUACCUUCAUAUUAUACACGAAGAUAUCUGCUCAACCCUACAUAGGUUACUAAUAAUGUUUGCAUAUCAUAAUAAUAAUCAGUGUUAUAAUAUUCAGAAUUAACAUUACUUCUAUGUAAUCAAGUAUAUUUAAUAUAAAACCAUAUUUUUGUUAGUUUACUUCUAAAAAACCUUCAUUAGGACAGUGAAAUACUGUACACAAGGAAAAUGAAAUAUUUUUUUUAUUUUAAAAUACAUGAUUACUACCUGUGCAAUACAGAAUGAUACCUGACACUACAUCGUGCUAUUGUGUGUGUGUUUGUGUGGGUGUGUAAACACCGUGUGUGCGCGCAUGUGCGUGUGAUUCCAGUGAAAUUGUUGCUUUGCAUAUUCUUGUUUUUCUUGAUUUUACCUGCAGCUGGACCGAGUUCAGGCAUAUUUUCCCACAGGAACGAUAACGUCAAUCCUCUUUAUGAGAGAAAAAACAGGUUAAAACUUUAUCCUGUUCAAGGUUGUAGUUCAGGAAGUGAGGAAUAGCCUCGCUCGGACACCACCCUUCUCCAUUCCAGAGACAACAAUGACUCCAAACACCGAGCUAUUUCCUUAAAGACAGAAAAGAGAAAGAAAUGAGACGAAUUUGGAUAAAUGUUUGAUAUCGUGUCAGGAAACUUUAUUUUCUCUGUUUGGAAAUGUUUGUCGAUGCAAACUUGGUCUUUAAGAAACAUUUCCCCUCAAGCUUUACAAAGUGUGUGUUUGUGUGCGUGUACACAAAGGUGAUAAGACAUAUGAUAGGGGUAAGUAGGUGAGGAGGCGGGGUUUAGCGUUGAGCUGACCAAUCAGAGGUCUUUGAGUACCUGUAUCCUGUUAUCACCUGUGUUAUUAUCCUCCGCUCAGACUACAGGAAUGUAACGGCAGCCCUCUGUAAUAAUAACGGAGCAGUAGUCGGUCAUUUCCUCCCGUCGGUAUCGGUCGGUCAGUCGGUCAGACUCAGCAGUCAUGGUUCACAGCCGGACGAUCAGAGUGGAUGUAGAAAGUGUGAUAAACGUCGUGUACGUGGUGGGCUCGGAGCUUCAGGUGAACCUGAACAGGUAAACUCUUAACAACACUCACAGAUACAUCUGAAUAUUUAAUUUCUUUAAUUUAAUCUGUUUUUUCCACCGUGUUUAAGUAGUUUAGUCUUUGUAGCUCAGAAUUAUUCCUUACAUUUUUAAUGUAAAUUACUGUGAGGAUGUGAAUAUAUUAAACAAAACCCGCCAAACAGCCACAAUCUGGACCUAAAUGGUCGUAGUAUUGAUAAAAAUAUAGUUUUUAGGCUUCACCAGCUGUUAAGCAGCUAAACACACACGGCUCACCUGUUUGUCCUGUAAGGUCAUAGGAGGAUUUCAGCUCCUCAGAUCUUUCUCUAAGUUAUUUAGGAGACGUUCUUCCUAUCAUCAAAAAUUCAGUUUUAGUUUCCAAAUUACUUUCAUUGUUAUCUUGAACUCUAUCUUCGGUACAGCAAUAUUUGGUUCAAAGAAAACCACUUGAAUAGUUAGAGCCAUCAUAUGAAAGUUUGCGCACACAUUCACACGCCCUCAUCAACACACGUUAAUUCAGGUUGUCUGUUUGCUGAUUUACAGUGGUGGAGCCAGGGUAGAUAUGGGUGACAAUGGCCCAGGCCACCCCAUUAUUCUACUAUUAGAGUUAAAAAGAUAACCCUCCACACACACACACACACACACACACACACACACACACACACACACACACACACACACACACACACACACACACAUACACCCAUGCCACAUGAUUAGUGCACUUUUAGAUGUGAGUUAAAUGUGUUUAAAAUAAUGUUUUGGCAGGUCAAAGACAGAAGCUGAAAUCACUCUGAUUUUUUCUCUAAAGUGGCUCAUUUUAAACAAACAAGUGUCUCGUUUCACCUGAAAUUAGUUACCAACACUUAAACUCUUUUGAUUCCAAACUCACACAUGUUUUUUUACAUGUUUAUAUAUUGAUUAAUCUUAAAGAGACUCAAAGAAUUUUAUUUGAAAAAUAUCGACCAGAUCUCAGGUGUAGCUUAUUUAAUAGUCUUAAAAACAAUUUGCCAGUGAGUGUUUUAUUUAAGCUGUUUUAAUUGUACUUGUACGCAGCCUGCAGUCAGGGAAAUUCAGCAUUGUUGUGGAAGUUUAAUUGGUAUCCUUCUCUGUGCAGAACAAAAGCCAACAACACGGUUACCGUUGGAAUCUAUCACUACUAUAAUGUUUCUUUAAAUGCUUACAAAUGCUGCCUCAGGGUAGGCGUUUGACAAAGUAAGUAAUAACACACGACUGAGCUGGUCUCUAACUUUGACAGAGAUUAUUCAUAAUGCUGAAAUACAUUUGUUGGAUGGUAGGACACACACAGUCACAAGGUUACCAAAAACUGACAGAGAGAGAGUUUCAGGUUUAAGUCAAAGUCUCCUAAAACCAGAUCAGGUCAGUUUAUGAUGAACGAAUAUCUAAAGGUAAUAAAGAUGAAUCCACCGGUCCUUUAGGACAUGAAUCAUUAACCUCAAUAAAACUUUUUAGAGGUGUAGAGUUAAACUGAUGUUGGUACAGCUGAAGUUACAGUCUGGUUGAAAAAAGCAGAUUUGUAAAAAUACAGAAAUAAACACAAACGUUAGGGAUAUCUAAUGAUUGUAGUAUGAUUCAAUAUCAUCAAAAAAAUUUAAAACGCUCACUAAGUUUAACAAAAUGUGAAAAAUGUUCAGGUGUAUCAGUAAGUAUGAGUUUAGUUGAACUUCAUUUAGACUAGUUUUUUUUUUACCAGCCUCCUCUCCUGAUCAAUAAAAAAUCUUGUCUGAUAAUAAACUUCAACCAGGCUCACCUUCUGAUACCAAAGAUCAAUACAUGCGUGUCAGACACACCUGAUUUAACAGCCUUCUGUUAUUAAUGAGGAAUGUCUGAUUUGUGCAUCCACAUUAUCCGCUCUUGGUUUUGCAGGAGUGCCCCACCCAGCUCCAAGUUCUUCUCGGUGAAAUGUUCCCCCAGUGUUCAGUACAGCAUCACCCCGACGCCUCAGGAGACGUCCCACCUGUCCCCCCUCCUUCUCCAUGGAAACCAACUGCUGCUCAUCAGUAUGAGUCAGGCCAGUGAUGAUCUCAAUGACAGCAAGGUAAAGUCGGAGACAAAUGCAUGUGAGGAAAUGUGAUGAAUAAGCAGCAUGAGGAAAUGAGCUCCAGGAAAUGAGCCGUUUAUAAAUAAGAAUUAACGACCGCAACAAAAUUCAAGUUCAACCAGGAACAUGUCCGAGUUUACUACAACUAACCCUGAGGAGUUUUUAAACUAAGUCAGAAGGAAGAAGGUUUUAUGUUAGAUUUAACUUUGCAUAAUCAGUCUGAGUGUUUUUAUCAUAUUCUUCUUUGUUUUGAUGGUUUCUUACAUUUUCUAAAACCUUAAAGUUUUUAAAAACGCUCUGAAAUGGACAAAAAUUUAAAGCUUUUUGGGGUCGUGUUCAGACUUUUCUAGUGUCCAAAGGAUUUCAGAAUCACAGUUUCAUUUUUGACAUAUAAACAUGUGGUGAUCUUGUUUUGAAGCUCUGUGUCAGGUACUACGGGGAGAAGAAACAGGUGUUGGGGAACGCGAUCCUGCACCUGACUGCUGUAGGUAAGCUUGUCCUUUAGAAACCCCAAAUGUGCAUAAAAACGACAAAUAUUUGAGAGUGUGUUUGUUUAUGUGUUCAACUGCUCUACAAAGUCAAGACAUUAAUCAUGUAGGCAAACCAGGAGAAAAAUCCAGUUGGUCACAUGGACAGAAACUGUUCCUCAGAAACGUAGAUAGACACUGGUUUGAAAAUAAGGGCUGUGAUAUGAAUCACUGUGUUGUUUAUUUUGUUCAUGCGAAGGCGAAAAACAACAUGUUUGUGUCACACAGAGAUUUCUCUGGAUGUGGACGCCGACAGAGACGGUGAAGUAGAAAAAAACAACCCAAACAAGGUGAGGUUCAGAGUGAAGAAACAGUACAAAAGGAUGUUUUUCUCACUGUCAUUUGCUGUCCAAAGUAAACUCCUCCUGACAGUUUGUUGUCUCAGUAUAUCAUGAAUCUCUUACUGGGCCUCUGUAGUUUGUUCAUAUCUUCAUAUUUUUUAGCCGUAUGUUGAGCUGAAACAGUCUCAUUAAACUGUUUUGUGCCACUUUUUUAGGCCUCUUGGAAAUGGGGUCCAGGUGGGCACGGAGCCGUCCUGUUGGUCAACUGUGACUCUGAACAGACGGGCUACAGGCAGCCAGACCACGAGAAAGAAAACAUCACCAAAGUGUCGGGUACAUUAGUCCAGCUUUGAGCUUUGUCGUUACCAUCACAACACAUAUUUCCUUUUACAAAGUCAGCUGAUCUAACUAUAAGAAAAUUGACUGGUGCUAUUUAGUCCAAAAAGAGGUACGUACCUCUUAUUUAGUUGGUUAUUUAUGCUUUUAUAGGUCAUACAGAGGCUUUGGUGUCAGUGAGCAGUUAAGAAUUCAUCAGUGUGUGUGUGUGGGGGGGGUGUUAGUAACUUGACUCUUUGUCCUCACACAGAUCUGAAGGAUAUGUCACUCAUGGUGCUGAGGACCAAAGGCCCUGCCAAGCUCCCUGAGGGCUACAAGCUCACCAUGCACAUCUCUCAGAGCGAUGCAGAGAGUGUCCGAGUCUUCAGGUCCAGAGGUCCUGGAGCUAAAGACACCUCCUGUGAGAACAUACAAGAAGAUGAUGAAACAGACGUAUUAUCCAGUUGGCUGCUCUUUUCAUUCUUGUCUUUUUAAUGUUGUCAAUCAUCUUCCUCCAGCUGGGAGUAUCUUCUACAGCUUCUUUGUGAAGACCUACCCCCUGGUUCUGAGCAAUAAGGUUUUGUCUCAGGAGGUGCCUUACUUUGGAGGCAACGCAGAGCUGAACUUUCACGUGGAGGGCCUCAGGUUUCCGGACAAAGACUUCAGUGGGUUUGUCAGCAUCAGCCUCAGUCUGUUGGAGAGAAUUGGCAUUGUAAGAUCUGCAUAUUUACAACUUUUAAGAUGUCCUCCUCACUAGGGAUGUUCGAUAUUUUUGCAUCCUGAUAUAUGACAAAGAUACAGAAAAAUAAGUGUUCAAACUGACUGUCUGUACUCGUGUUUGUUUUGGGUCCCCAGGAGAUCCCAGACACUCCUAUUUUCACAGACAGAGUCAUGUUCAGGAUGUCUCCAUGGAUCAUGACCCCCAACACCCUCCAGCCCAUGGAGGUGUUUAUCUGCAGGUGAGAGCAGCACACUGAUGAAGCAGCAGAUAUUUUUACUUUUGACAUGAAACAUUUCUUUGUGACGACUCACUGAUUACUGUGAUUAUCUCUUCAGGACCGAUGAUAACUACACACUGCUGCAAGAAAUGAAAAACGUGGUUGUAAAGAGCGGGUGUGAGCUGAAGGUUUGCCCUCAGUUUAUGAACAGAGGAGAUCGAUGGAUACAGGUGAGAAAGCUGAUGUGUUCAGUUUUUAACAUUUUUUAUGUCUCAUCAGUGAAUUUCUGAAUUUUACAGAAACCACAUCAUAACAAAAGAGAAAAUCAUACUGUCUGUUUCAGGACGAGCUGGAGUUUGGUUACGUGGACUCUCCUCAUCACCACUUUCCAGUCGUCCUGGAUUCCCCUCGGGAUGGAAAAAUGGCCGACUUUCCUUAUGAGGAGCUCCUGGUGAGAGACUGUUACUCACAUUUCUCUUCAGAUCCCAUGUAAGGUAGUGUUAGAGUAGUCAAGUCCAGGACUUAGACUCGAGUCCAACUUGAGUCCUGUUUGAAGGACUGUGGAGUCUGACUUGUACUUGCCAGCUCAAUAGCCAAAUGACCAAUCAACAAACCAACCAACUAACUAAAUAACUAAUAAACCAACCAACCAACCAAAUAUUUCACCAACCAACCAACCAACCAACCAACCAACCAACCAACUAACUAAAUAACUAAUAAACCAACCAACCAACCAACUAUUUCACCAACCAACCAACCAACCAACCAACCAACCAACCAACCAACCAACUAACUAAAUAACUAAUAAACCAACCAACCAACCAAAUAUUUCACCAACCAACCAACCAACCAACCAACCAACUAAAUAACUAAUAAACCAACCAACAAACCAAAUAACCAACCAACUUAUAAACCAACCAACCAACCAACCAACCAACCGAUAAACUAAUUAACCACCCAAAAUAAACGAACCAAUCAAUCAACCAACACAUACAGUGACAUUUGUGUAUCUAAACAGGAACAGAAACAGGUUUUAGUCGGUCUUUGGCUGCCCGUGCAGCACCCUACAGAGGAAAAGUGACAACAGCUCUAAGCUAGCUCGCUUAUGUUUACAUGCACACAACUGUUAUAUGGACAUAGUAGUAGGUUUGAAUUACACUAACUCUGUUAUAACUAACAGUAAACAACUGUUUCAUGAAUGUCAGUGAAUUUAAAGCCCAUUAAAUGUGAAUACUCAUGUUUCUUAUACACUGGCAGAGCAUUACAGCUGCUCACUGAGUAAAUAAACCACAGAACGAGGACAAAAAGACAAAAAGAACAAAAACAGUUCAUGAAUUAGGACCUAAAGAGAGUCUGGAAUAACACAGGAGAUCUCCAACCGCUCUCACGUCCUCAGGGCCCUGACUUCGGCUACGUUACAAGAACAGCCCACAAAAGAGAAGUGACCAGUCUGGACUCUUUCGGGAACCUGGAGGUCAGUCCUCCGGUCACCGUGAAUGGAAAGCACUAUCCCUUAGGCAGGAUCAUCAUCGGAGUGGCCUUUCCUACGUGAGUGUCUCAAAGAUCCAGAGAAGAGUCUCUGACUUUUGAGGAGGAUGAAUAAUCCAUGUUGGAGUGGUUCUUUAAACUCUGUCUCCUCUCAAAGGGCAGAGACGGGACGCAACAUGACCAAAGUAAUUCAGGACUUCCUGUGGGCCCAAAAGGUUCAGGAGCCGGUGGCUCUGUUUUCUGAUUGGCUGCUUGUGGGACAUGUUGAUGAGUUCAUGACCUUUGUUCCUGCACCUGACAGAAAGGUAAAUAGUCUCUUUAAAAGCCCUUAACUUAAAUCCCCAACAGAUCUCUCAAAGUGUAAACUUAUUUCAUCUCAUUUGAACCGAAAUUCCUCCCAAGUCGACUCGUAUAAACUUGAAUCUGUGUAUCUGUUGGUACACAGGGGUUUCGGCUGCUGCUGGCCAGCCCUGACGCCGGCUACAAACUCUUCAAAAAACUGCAGAAUGAUGGACACGGACAGGCCAGACUGUUUGAGGGUAAGUCUUUCUUUAAAAGAUAUUAUCUGUGAGAAAAAAACGGUUUUAGUUCAGAAUAUAACUUAUCUUCUUUUGUUUUUCACAAAAGGUGUAAAAGAUCAAACAACACUGACGGUGGAUGAGAUACUUGCCGAUAAGGGUCACCAAGCUGAAAAUAACUAUGUUCAGGUGAGCGGGAUUUAAAUUUUAGAAAUACCCCAAAGGAUGUUCGUGCAAACCAGGAUUUUAAAAUCUAAAUUUGAACUAAAUUUUGCAGGUUUGUUCCAAAUAUAGAUCUUGUGAACUCCUAGAUAUAGAUUACAGUGUUGGCUCAGAAAAAAACAAUAUUGGUCGACCUGUUUUUAACGAAGCUUGGGGGAUAUUCACAAAUGUGUAAAAUAUCUAUAGAUUAAGUUGUUUGUUAAAGUAAACAGACCUGUUAUAACCUGGAGAUCUUCAUAUUAGUUUAGAGUUGAUGCACUUACUUUAAAGAGGUAUAAUGUGCGAUGGACUGGCUGUAUUCUUGAUUACCUUUAGGACAUGAUGGUUCAGUUGUUCUGUAUUUCACAGUGUCUUUGUUUUCUCUGUUUCCUAGAGCUGCAUCGACUGGAACAGAGACGUCCUGAAGAGAGAGCUGGGCCUGGAGGACGCAGACAUCAUCGACCUGCCGAUUCUCUUCAAGCUUGUUUGGGAUGACAGUCAAAAUCUGGGCUUCAAAGCAUUGGCCUUCUAUCCUGACAUGGUAUUUUUAGAGAUGAAACUCAGGUAUUACAGGUGUUAUUUUUCAUUUUAGGAGGCAUUCAAGUGGUUAUCAUCUGUUUCUAGGUGAACAUGGUGGUCUUGGGGAAAAACCUCGCCAUCCCAAAGCCGUUUGGCCCCAAAGUGAACGGCUGCUGUGCCCUGGAGACCGAAGUGAGCUCCCUGCUGGAGUGUCUGGGUCUCAGCUGCACGUUUAUUGACAAUUUCUACUCCUACCACAAAAGGCUGGGAGAGCUGCACUGCGGCUCCAACGUCCGCAGGAAACCAUUUGACUUCAAGUGGUGGAACAUGGAGAUGUGA